AUGGAUUUUUCCCCACCUACGUUGAAUAUGAAUUACAGGUUAGUUCCUGCACUACAGGUGGACCUAUGGCAGCCCAGCAGCAUCUCCUAUGUUUCGGAAGGAACGAUUACAGAUGUCCAUAUUCCCCAAAAUGGCUCUCAAAUCCUGUUAGCCUUCUUACAACAAGCCAACAUCCAGUACACGGUCCUAAUAGCAGAUCUCCAAAAAGCAUUGGAAAAAGGAAACAGUUUGAGGACUCAGCGGAAUCGUAGAUCACUUCCAGGGUACAGUUAUGAAGUUUAUCACUCUUUAGAAGAAAUUCAAAAUUGGAUGCAUCAUUUAAAUAAAACCUACCCGGGUCUUGUUCACAUGUUUUCUAUUGGAAAAUCAUAUGAAGGAAGAUCUCUUUUUAUAUUAAAGCUGGGCAGAAGAUCUCGGGCUUAUAAAAGAGCUAUUUGGAUAGAUUGUGGUAUUCAUGCAAGAGAAUGGAUUGGUCCUGCCUUCUGUCAAUGGUUUGUAAAAGAAGCUCUUCAGACAUAUCGGAGUGAUCCUGCCAUGAGGAAAAUGUUAAAUCAUCUCUAUUUCUACAUCAUGCCUGUCUUUAAUGUUGAUGGAUACCAUUUUAGCUGGACUAAUGAUCGAUUUUGGAGGAAAACAAGAUCAAGAAACUCAAGGUUCCGUUGCCGUGGAGUGGAUGCUAAUCGUAAUUGGAAGGUGAACUGGUGUGAUGAAGGGGCUUCCUUUCACCCUUGUGACGAUACAUACUGUGGGCCUUUUCCUGAAUCUGAGCCAGAGGUGAAGGCUGUAGCUCACUUUCUCCGAAAACGCAGGAAGCACAUCAGAGCCUACCUCUCCUUCCAUGCUUAUGCACAGAUGUUGCUCUACCCCUACUCUUAUAAAUAUGCAAAAAUUCCCAAUUUCAGCUGUGUUGAAUCUGCAGCUUAUAAUGCUGUUAUUGCUCUUCAUUCAGCAUAUGGGGUUCGCUAUAGACAUGGACCUGCAUCAAGCACAUUGUAUGUGAGCUCUGGCAGCUCAAUGGAUUGGGCUUACAAAAAUGGAAUACCCUAUGCAUUUGCAUUCGAACUGCGUGACACUGGGCAUUUUGGAUUUUUGCUCCCAGAGUCUCUAAUCAAGCCAACAUGUACAGAGACAAUGCUGGCAGUGAAGAAUAUCACAAUGCAUCUGCUAAAGAAGUGUCAUUGAGAGAUGUCACUAAGGGCCAGAUCUCAGCAACAGCGAACACAUCACCCUUGUCAGGACUAUUCUGAGCAAGGGCCUUGCUUUGCUUUUUCAGAACUGUUUGGGAUUGACUGGUGGUUUUGUUGUUUAUUUGUUUGCUUGUUUUAAAAGAGACACAUAGCCUGUUUAACGUGAAUUUCCAUGAAAAUAUAUCUCUGUUCAUUGACUUUAAAAGGAGUUUAUCAAGUUCCUCAGCUCCCCUGAAAUGGGAAAUAAGCUGAAAAUUUGACCCUGAUAUCAGAGGCUCAAUUAGGAGCCACAUUGUCAUCCAGUUUACUUUAAAAGAAAACAUUAUCUCUGAGGCCAGAUUUUAUAAAGGAGAGAAAAAAAGAAAGCUCAUCUUAUCUACUCUUAGUUUCAAGGCAGCUCGUAACAUAUUUAACAAUGAUUAAUCUUUAAUAAAUCUUGUAUUCCCAUUUGAGACCAAUGCUACUUGUUCAUCUAUGUUUUUAAUGAUUUACUACUGUUUUUUUUAAAAAUAUAACUCAGCUUCCCCAGGCUUGGGAAACAGCCAGGUUACAGGUAAACAAUUGACCUGAAAAGGACUAAGACCAACUAUAAUUCAUUUUUAUUUUUAAAUUAAAAGUUUUACUAAACAUUUAACAUUGAAUGUCCAUGCACCUAAAUCUGUUUAGCAAUUAUUGAUACCUAUAUCAAUUCAUUUCAAUGCAAAAAGUCACUCCCUCUUCUUCCCUAUGAUUAUUCCUUUUUUAUUCCUUUUUAUUCAUUUUUAUCUCAUACAUACAGCCAAGAAUAUACACUAUUCUCUUGACUCUGUUUUUUUUGCUUUAUGCAACUUCAUAAAGCUCUUUCCAAAUUUCUUUAUAUUUCUUAUCAUUAUUGGUCUUAAUUAGAAUAUUUCUUUUAUUAAUAUACCAUAAUUUAUUUAGCCAUUCCACUAUUGUUAACUGAUUGCCCUAUUGCUCUAUACACCAUUACUAUAACUUUCAAAACACCCUUUCCUAGUCAAUAUUCCACAGCACAGUAUUGCCUCCCCUAAUUAGAAUGUAGAUUUCUUGAGGAUGGGGAGGGGGGGGAUCUGUUUUGCUUUUGUAUUUUGUAUCCCUAGUGCUUAACACAAUGUCAACAACUCAGCAACUGCUUUAAAAAUGUUUAUUCUUUCAUUAAUCAUCCAAUAUUUAUGUUGCUCUAGUUUUUUGCACAUCAGGUUCUAUACAUAAGAUAUCCAAAAAGCAAAAUGAAGGAACUAUCAUGUCAUGUGUCUGUGGAGACACAGAAAAUAAUCUUAAAUACAAAGACACAAAGGAUAAGUAAAAUAAUGAGGACCACAAGUAUGAUUAGAGAAUUAACUUCAUAGUCUACAGUAGACUGCCUACAUAUUGAUAUAGUGGAUGCCUGGAGUCAAGAAGCUUUAUUUCUUGAGUUCAAAUCUGUCCUUAAUCAUUAUCUAGUGUCUGUACAACUCACUUAACCCUGUUUGCCUCAGUUUCCUCAUCUAUAAAAUGAACUGGAGAAGGAAGUGACAAACUACUUCAGUGUUUGCCAAGAAAACCCCAAGUAGGAUCACAAAGAGUCAGAAAUAACUGAAAAAUGACUAAACAACAACAAUAAAUAUAUGUGGCACCAAAUUUCUAUUCAUUGGAUAUUGCAAUGGUAUUCCAUUAAAUCAAGUUUGUGCAAUGUUUUAUUUCUGGAAAUCUUUCCUUCUGAGCAAAAUAGAACUUACCUUUCUUGAAUGCAACUUACUUUUGAAUUUGACUCUGGAGGAACAUUGUGACACCUUUCUAAAGGAAUAAAGGUUUUUAUUCGAAAAAAAAACCCUAUGAUUUCAUCAGUGCAGGAACUUCCAUGGACAGAGAUAAUAAUCUGUCCAUAACUUAUAGCCUUACUGAGCUGCCCAUGGCUGAGAGUUUGGCAGUUUGUCCAUCGUCAUACAGUUUGUGCCACAGGGAGAAUGUGAGCCUAAAUCAUUCUCACUCCAAGCCUAGCACUCUAUCUACCAUUCCAUUUUCCAUCAGCAAUUAUGCUUAGCUUCACUCCAGGGAAUAUCAUGCCCUACCUCAGGAUAAGCUGAUCAUCUGAAAUUUUAUCACCAUGUUGCUUGACUGGAUUUUGAUAUUUAGUACCUUCUCAAUUCACCCUGAGUUGCCUGCCUUUCCCCUCUGAGUGGAGAUGUGGAAGAUAAAGCAUUAAACUCCUUCUAAAGCUUUCCUUUCUAAAGGAGUCACAGUCUUCCAAGUAACUCUAUUUUCCAUAUUUUCCAUCAGAAGCAUAUAUAUCUAUAUAUAUUUAUAUACACUGUGUAUUCACACACAUAUAUAUUUAUAUAUACACACACGCAAUACACAUACACAUAUACAUUCUUGAUCCAAUAGAGUUGCUUUUUCUGUCUUUAUUUUUAUUGAUGUGAUUUCUCUCUCCUCUCUAUAAUCAUAUCCAAGAGUAUGAUCUUAAGUUGCAAAUGUGAUGGCUCCAUUUUUUGUUUGUUUGUUUGUUUGUUUGUUUUUUACUGAGGCAAUUGGGAUUAAGUUACUCACCCAGGGUCACACAGAAGGAAGUGUAAAGUAUCUUAGACCAAAUUUGAACUCAGGUCUUCCUGACUUCAGGGCUAGUGCUCUAUAUAUUGCACUACCUAGCUGCCCUGGUUCCACAUUUCUUAAUAAUAUAAUUAUUUUUUUAACAAUAUUUUCCAUUUUUAUUCUAUUUUUAAUUAUUCUUCAAUUUUCCUCCUUAAAUGCUCUUGAAAUGAUUUUACUUAGUUGGACAUUUUGUCUAUAUUUGUUAAAAACUGUUUUUGCCUUCCUCUAAGCUCCUCUGUGCUUAUGAGGAAAUACUUCUCACAAUCAUCCAUCAUUCUUCUUCAGGAAUCCUACAAGCAGUUUUGACAACUAUCACUUUUUUUUGGCAACUAAAAUGUUUCCUGAUAAAAGCAUUUUCUGAGUUCUUUUGUUCUUCUUGUUGAAAUGAAUGACAUUAGCUAAUCUUAUGGAUGAAAAUAUUUGUCACAGUGUCAAUGUGGUUUCUAUUGUCCAUUUCCCACUUUUGAUUUUUAAUUUCUUGCUUAAAUAGUUCAAGAUGAAACUGCUUCAAUUGUAUGCCAUACUUUUUUCUCAAUAUUAUUUCUUCUUUUUCCUCCUCUUUUUCUUGUUUUGUUUUGUCUUUGUUUUUUUAAUGAUCUUAGCUCCAAUGGUCUGACUGUACAAUGAAAAGCAAAGAACAUUUAAAUACUUACUAGUGCUAGGCACUGUGCUAUGUGCUGGGGAUAUAAAUACAGAGAAAGAUAGUCCUUGUCUUCAAGGAGUUUAUAUUCUAAUGGGAAUACAACACACAAAAGCAAACUAAAAAGGGAAGGGGAUAUUUGCAAAGAAUCAUGGGGCCAAAAUUUUUAAAGUAAGAAGCAGAGUCUGAAAAAAAAAAAAAUAAGGUUAGCUGGUCUGGGCCCCUCUAAAAAUGGAACUAGAAAGAACUCAUCAAAAGAAGAAAGGAGGUUGAGAUGGCAGUGGGAUACUCCAAUGUGAGAAGAUCCCAGGGACAAGUAGGGACAAUCUCGUUGGAAGAAGAUUGUACCAAGAAAAUGAUGCUCCAAGGACCUUCGGGCAUUGAAGGAAGAAGCUCCAGGGUGAAAUAGCAAAUAAAGAAGGAUUUGCAUAGUCCAGGAAAUCAGAAGCAGAGCCAGGAGAGGAACAGGAAAUUGCUUCAGAAAUCAAUAAUUAGCCUUUUCUUGUCCAUUCAAAUCAAUCUCAUUAUUGAUGUUAUUAUUCGGUAUUCACCAUAUCCAGUUCUUUUCUUUAAAGAAAAAAAAAAAGUGGGGGCAGCUAGGUGGUACAGUGGACAGAGCACCAGCCCUGAAGUCAGGAGGACCUGAGACACUUAACACUUCCCAACUAUGUGAUCCUGAGAAAGUCACUUAAAUCUAAUUGUCUCAGAAAAAAAAAAAAUUAAUUUUUUUUUAAAUUAAAAGUGGUCAUAAUAGAGAGGCAUGAGACUUUUGUGCAAUCUGUAAUCUCAAGACUUUUGUUUCUUAGUCCUAUUUGAACUAUGCUUUCUCAUCUGUUUCUCUAUGUUCUAAUCUUUUCCCACCUUUCCACUGAAGUCACUAAGUAUCAAAGUAUAUACCCAUUUAAAUUAUCUUAAAAAUGCCAUUAUACAAAUUUCUAUACCAUUUCACCAUUUAGAAGUGAUACUGGUACACAGACUGCAAUUAUUUUCAUAGUGGUUAUUUUGCAAAUAUUUAUCAUUAGUUUGGUAAUGUGGGAACCAAAUAUCCUUUGAAAUAAUGUUUCUAGUUGCUCUUAGAUUUAUGAGAAAACUCCACUAAUUCCUUUCUUUGCCUCUUCAAAAAGUAGCUAUGACCCCAUCCUUACUUGUAGCUAUAAGGGACUUGUUUCUUUUUUACUGAUUUCCUUUAUAACAAGAGCGUUAAGAUUAAAAUGAUUUAGUUCCCUUGGCAAUAUGACGCUUCAUCGGUCAAUAAUUUCACAUGUAGAUUACUGAUUAUCAAAUUAAACUUUACUUAUUAUCUAAAAACAGAGAAUUUUUAGCACCAUCUGCCCCCUUCUGUACCACUAUACCACCAUCCUCUCAGAAGAAAAAGAAUUGUCCAAAUCUUCAUUUUUCUUUGUUUCAUGUAUUGCCAGAGCCAAAAAAAAAUCAUCACUAAAUCCCCAGUUCUUGUAAAAUGUAUCAAAAAAUAUUCUCAGUUUGCCUUUUCAGGUGAUAGAACUUGUCAGACCUUAUGAAGCAUUGUAAAAAUCUUACCUGGUCAAUGUAAAAAAAAAAAAAAAAAAAAAAAGGAAAGUUUUCCACUUCUUAUAGUGGAAAAAUGUAUAUUAUAUACUAUGCCUAGUACAUUGUAUAGAGUUCUGAUUCUAACUAAUAUUGGCCUCACUUUUAUGUAUCAUGUCUACUAUAAAAGAGGCAAUAUGGUCCAACAAAGAGUUAAAUUGUAGAAAGAAUCUACAUUGACCAUAUGAAUAUGGGCAAGUAAAUCAACCUCUCUGGAGCUAAGGAAAAUCUCCAAGCCAAAAAUUACAGAUAGAGUAAGAUCUGAAUUAGUCAUGAAAAGAAGUUUCCAUUACUAUAAAAUCACAAAUAUAUACUCUAAAUGCACUCCAAAAAAGUUAUUUUUAUUUGACAAUAAGCAGCAUAUUAGUAGAUUCUGGCUGUUCUUAUCCUAAUACUUUGUUGAACAAAUACAGAUCAAGAUCAGCUGUCCUGAAAUGAGUUGACACAUCUAAAAAGUGAUGAGUUGCUCCUGUUUUGGUGUUAUUGAGAGUAACAAUUGAGGUGUUAAUUUUUUUCAUCAUUAUUUUGAUUGCUGAUAUCCUUUUAUGAAAAUAACAGUCUCUAGUGUAUACAAGUAAAAUAAUCAUUUGGUUGGAAAUAGAAUUGUCUUUUCUUGUCUUUAUAGUUUAACUUAUAAAAUAAAACAUUAUAAUACAAAUCACACUAAAAAAUGUAUACAUUUUUGCUACCGCUACACUUAUCUUGGGUAUAUUUUUUUGUAUGUUACA